UAUUUUCAACGCGAUUAUCCGCUCAUUAAAAUUCAUAUAUCAAGAGUUGAAUGCAUUAAGCAGCUAAUAUCUAUAUGAGGGCUAUCGGCAAGAUAUGCGAAGUUUUCAGCUGAUAUAAAAGUACAACGGCGCUGUGAGAUAAAUUUAGAGGGCAUUUCGUGUUCGAAUCUAGUGGUUUUACCUGCGCGUGCGUAAAAGUUUAAGUGUAAAUUGUUUAAAAUGAAGUGUUUCGUAGUCUUCCUGGCUAUCUGCAGCUUUGCUAUCUCCUUUAGUGAGGCAGACGAAUUUGGGGAAAAAGUUAAGAAAAUCGCUGAAGAAUGUAAAGGGCAAGUUGGUGCAAGUGAUGACGAUGUAGCACGAUUGUUCAAAUAUGAGCCCGCCGCUAAUGACAAAGCAAAGUGUCUUACUGCUUGCACUAUGAAAAAACUCGGCACUAUGGAUGAAAAUAACAAAGUGGUCGAAGCUGGAGCUAUAGCUUACAUAAAGCAGCUCUCCGGUGGCGAUGCAGAGUUUGAGAAGUUGAGCUUGGAGACUUAUAACGAAUGCAAGAGCACUCCGGAAAGUAGCAAUGAAUGUGAGUACGCUGAAGCUUUUCGUCAAUGCGUUCUCGAGAGUGCGAAGUCCAAAGGCCUUAAGAUUUUACCUCAAGUCUAAUUUGUUGCUGAUCAGCUGAUACUUGAAAUACAGAAAAUGAGUAGCUUUUGUUGAGAAAACAAAAAAUAAAUAUGAUAUAUGUAAAUACAACAAUAAAUAUAUAAAUGCAAAUGUAAAA